AUGACGACUGUUGCAGGAGGAAUCAAAGUCUUUGCUGGAACCAGUCAUCCAGAGUUGGCUAACUUGGUUGCAAAACGACUGGGGCUACCAUUGGGAAAAGCAACAGUGACUCGAAAUGAAUCAGGUGAAUCAAUCGUUCGAAUUGCAGAAUCAGUUCGUGAACAUGAUGUGUAUAUCAUCAAUACAUCUUGCGUUUGUCCAACGCCUUCGGGUACGCCUGCUUCUCCCAAUACAUCCUUGAUGGAACUGUUGAUCAUGAUUCAUGCUUGCAAAACUGCAAGUGCAAGAAGAAUCACUGCCGUCAUUCCCCAUUUCUUUUACGCACGUCAAGAUAAGAAGGACAAAAGUCGUGCUCCUAUUUCAGCAAAAUUGAUCGCAAAUAUGAUCGAGAAAGCAGGAUGCGAUCAUGUGAUCACGAUGGACUUGCAUGCCUCUCAAAUUCAAGGAUUCUUUGAUGUUCCUGUGGAUAACUUAUAUGCCGAGCCAGCAGCAUUACAGUACAUUCGUGAGAUGGAAGAUUGCGAUGAUGUGGUCAUUGUUUCACCGGAUGCUGGAGGUGCGAAAAGGGCAACAUCAUUGGCAGAUCGAUUGGAAGUGGAAUUUGCACUUUUCCACAAGGAACGAAAAAAGGCAAACGAAGUUUCAAGAAUGGUAUUGGUGGGUAAUGUACAGGAUAAAGUGGCCAUCUUGGUGGAUGAUAUGGCGGAUACAUGCGGUACUCUAGAAUUGGCUGCAAAACGGUUACAAGAAAGCGGUGCUUCGCGAGUGUUGGCGAUUGUGACACAUGGUAUCCUAAGUCAUCCAGCUUUGGAUAGAAUUAUGUCAAGUAGCCUGGAAAAGCUCAUUGUCACAAACACGAUUCCACAAGCGGCAAAUCGAGCUAAAUGUCCAAAGAUUGAAGAGAUUGACAUCAGUCACGUUUUGGCAGAAACGAUCCGUCGCUCGCAUUUCGGUGAAAGUAUCUCUGUGCUGUUCAAUCAAGUACCAUACGACACAACACAGCCUUAUCGACAUGGUCGUGAUACACCCGCCAGAUCUUCUCCUUCUUCGCCUGUGCAAAGAAGUCAAUUGUUACCUUCAGCAUACAAUCAACCUGAUCCUCCUGUUGCUGCAAAUUUUUUCGCUACAGAAGCAAAUUACUCGAUUCACAAGCUGAAGAAGAGUAUUCUGCUCAAGAUUUUGCUAAUCUAA